AUGGCCGGGGAACAUGCCGACCAGCGUUUCCUUCGACAUGAGCACCAGAUGGAGAGUCUAUGUCGACAGACGACGAAGAUCCUUCAAGCAUUCCAAAUCAAGGAGGAGUCUUCUACCAACCACCGUAGUCAGGUGGCUCGGACACAGCCGGGAACAAGUGAGGAAUUAAAGGAGCCAGAAGGAUUGAUUACAGUAGAGAUUGGAUCGGUUGUGAUUCAAGGUUUUAUAGAUUAUUUUUGUAGUGCAGGCAAAUGCAAGAGUGAUAAUAGCAGAGCACCAGAAAACGCAUAA